UUAAAUGUCAACUUAUUAUUUCCCCCCGUCAAACUCACGAAAUGUAGUUGUUCAGGUUCGUAACUUUGGACGGACUGAAGAGCGAGCAAGAACACUACUCACCGGUUAUUUUCCCCUUUAAAUGUUGUGGCUUGUGAUACGCCUGCCCGUGGCUAUGCUAGUUUUGAAGUGUCUUGUGCAUUGUGCAGUGCCAAACCCGACAUUGAGAGAGAGUCCACCUAUUGCGAAAGAGCAGUCGCACAAUGAAUUGAAAAGUACUUCGAAAACAAUACUGCCAAAUACAGCCUCGAAACAACCUACAACACCAACUGUAAAGACAACAAGAAAGGAAACAACAAAGAAGACCACGGCUCCAGCAUUUGUGGAUGAGUUUUCGCUUGAAGAAAUACUGUUCAAAGGUCGACAAUCGAAUGAAGCGAACGCCUUCCUAAAGGCAAAUGAACAAAGAGGAAAAGAGCUGGAAACGACGUAUGAACAGAUCCGUGAACAAGAUCUAAAUGACUUAGAAGCAUUAGUGAAGAGAAGAAAGCAGAUGCGAUUUUCUCGAUCGUUAAAACGACUAAUAUGAACAUAUGGGCUUAACUCAUAUUAGUAAGGUAUUAGUUCAUACAUAGAUAGCCAUCCCGAAGAUUUUAACUUGUCAAAUCGUUGGUGCCGUAUUUUCGUAUUGGAAAGGUAUUGUAAACAAUUUCAGGGAGGAUCAAUUUCAGAAAUUAUUACGGGACGUUAUAUCGUUCCUAGAAUAUAUUUUAUAUUUAUUUUUAUAUGAAAAUACUGUAACUGAUUUCAGUCUUCAGUGAAGCAAUAUUAAGUUACACGUUUUACAUCUACAAUCGCAGUUCAAAUAUGAAUUAUUUCAUAUAUACUUCACAUCAUACUGUAACUGAUUUCAGUCUUCAGUGAAGCAAUAUUAAGUUACACGUUUUACAUGUAGGAAAAAAAUAGCUCCAUUACAGAAUUUAAAAACUGUUAGAAUAUUGUCAUGUGUCAGUAUGUUAACAAGUGAUUUUUUUUUUUUGUUAUCUAGUGGCCAAUUGAUUCCAAGGUGACAUCAUUCUUUGUGAAAAUUGAAAACAGGAAAUGAACUAAAUUAAAUUCAUCAGUAUUCAAGCGAUGUUUACAAAAAUCUAUUCUGGUUGGUUUUAAUGUUCAUACCCGAAUAGAGGAAAGACGAAUUCACGGAGCCAGAUAGAAAUUCAGUCAGCAUAUCUAUCUAUAAACAACAAUAACAACAACAAAUUCUUGAACUUCAUUUUCAUGCACCGGUGAACCAACUGAGAAAGAAAUUGUAAUCAUUUUAUAAAUGUGAAAUAUCAAACAAUAGGGAUGUUCACGAACAACACCGUGUAAGAAACGCCUCUGUUUGAACGACUGCUCGGGGGACUGUUACAAACGAGAAGGGAAGUACCUCCUUACCACCAAGGCCCGUGUUCUCCACUCCUGCAAGGGCGCAGUAGCUGUCAUAGCUGACCUGAGCCUACUCUUAGUUCUGGGUGUUCAAAGGGACAAGUCGUAGCAGCGGAGGUUAGCCUGGUGCCUAGGGAUAGGAAAUGCGGCUUUCUCUGGAUGUGUGAUUCCGCGAAGACUGGGGACGAGUUUGCGGCGCAUCUUAGUUUUCAGUCUUCUCUGAGUCGUGAGAGGCAAACAAAUUUUUCAAUACAUAACUCGAACGACUCGACUCCGACUAAAGAAGCCAGAUGUUUCUUGGAUCGUAUUAAUUUUAAACUGAUCACAAAGAAACUUAACUAAAAUGGAGACGGAAAUAAACUCCGCUGGAGAUAUCAUAUGUUUCUGACGAGUCCGAUCCUGUUUUAGUUACA